GAUACAAAAUAAAUACAGAAGACUACAAGAAAGUUGCAAGACACCUUACCAGGAUUUUGUAUCCAACAAUGAUCUUACGCCCAAGAUCCCGAAAACCUUAUAAGGAGAAGAGGAGAAAACGCCUAAUGAAGAAUUCUAAAAAUAAACAGAAAAAAUUAACUGCAAUGCAGACAUCAGUAUCCUUGGCCACUAAGAGUGUACAUCCGGUCAUACCUAAGUCAAUAGAACACCAGAAAAGAAAGAAAUGUUACAUACUGACAAGGGAUUCAAAGACAGUGCGUUUUGAUUUAGACGAGGAUGGCCAUUGUAAAAUAUCAAUUGAGGAUUCACAAUCCCCUGAAGAUAUUGCAUGGUUAGAUAUCUUCAAAAGCAACAAACCAAAUGAUCUUGACAGAAAAAAAAGAGGUAGAAAUUUGGUGACCAUGACCCAGCGAUCAAAAAAUAACUUUGUCCUAUUGGGCAAGGAUAAGAAACAACUAUAUCUGAAGGUCUUGAAUCCAAAUGGUAUAGAGUCGGUGACCGAAGAAAGCAAGGAUGUUCCUGACCCCAAACAGCUGACUGAACAAAGUCAAGAAGACCAGCUGUUCAUCAUGCAUAAGAAUGAAGAAAAUUCAGUUAAGUUUCAGUGUUAUCAGGAUAAGAACUACUACCUUCAUGUGAACAAAGACUCAGUUGAUAUAUGCCGGAUGAAAGAAACAGAUGCUAGUGGAGGAAAAGACUUUGAUUUCAAGGUGAUAUAUGUAUCUAGCCCCCAAAAUAAGCCAACACAAAAUAGAAAAUAAGGGAGACUGACAUCAUAGGGGGGUGAUUAAGUUCCUUAGUUUGUAUAACAUUUUUCUAUAGCCUCUGUUUCAUGAUUCACUAUUUUUGAUGUCUAAGGGAGAGGUCAGUUUAGGUUUUAAAUAUACUACACCUGAGUGAUGCAUGUAACUUCGAAGGGGGUGGCUAACUGUGUUUUAGAUAAAAACAAUUUCUUUCUAGCUUUUUUUCUAGACAUUAUAUUUGUACUUCAAAGGAAGCUGAGUUGGGAAGUGGGGGGGACAGCAGCAGGGACCCAAAGAUAGGAAGAGAGAAAAUCACAGAAGAUAAAAUAGAAAUCACUUUUAAUUUUACAUUUGGUAAUAUGAACAUUUAUUUCUUAAAUGUUCCACAUGAAUUCACCUAAAAAGUGGGGAGAAAUAAUCAUUCAGCAGCCAUUACAAGUACAUAAAUAUGUGUGUACAAUGUACUUUAUUGCACCAGCAAUUUUGCCCCUACCCCUGAAAUCUGAAAAAGAUCAUAAAGACAGAGGCAUAGGCAUCAAUUCCAUGCAUAGUCCAAGGCUACUCUGGUGUUAAUGACUAAACAACAGCAAACCAGGCAUCAAAUAUUGGAUGUUACACAGUUGCUCCAGGGUACUAUCCUGGGACUCAAGAAUUAGAGAACCAAUAAACAGGUACCACAACACUUGCAGAGAGUGUUCUGUGUGGAUAUCAUACAUUGUGUGCUGAAACAGGAAACCUAAUGUGGACCCUCAGUUAUACUAGACCAUGUUGCAACCAAGCAAUUCUCUAGUAUAAAAGGCUUCACAUUUGUGUGAGACUAUGCAAGAACAGAACAUAAGAAUGGCCAUACUGGGUCAGACCAAAGGUCCAUCUAGCCCAGUAUCCUGUCUGCCAACAGUGGCCAAUGCCAAGUGCCCCAGAGGGGGUGGACCAAAGACAAUGAUCAAGCGAUUUGUCUUCUAC